GCGGGGCUGGGGCCAGGGCGGAGCGUCCCCAACGGCUCCCGCUGCAGUUCGAACUGUGCGUAACUGGCCUUCUGCCGCUCGCGUGGUGUGUGUGCUGGUUCCUCGCCUGGGGUCCUGGAGACAGCCGGAGGUUUCUGAACGCAGGCCAGAGCGCGGUGUGCGCUGUCGUGGGCUUGGGUGUCUCCCAACUUUGACUUGGGUGGAAGCAAGAGAUACUGAAAUGAUAAAGCAGUUAUGGAGACCUGAUCAUUGACUUCUCAAGGAGAGUCUUCUCACUUAAGUUGAAGCGGAUUCGUGGAAACAAAAGGGGCAGGAGGACAGAAACAUUUUCUUUAAUAAGACUACAUCUCGUUUAAUUUCCUGCCAAGCUUUCUUCUAAUAAGAAAUGGAACGUAGUUCAUCGGACUACCAUAAUAAAGACAAUGAAGAAGAAAGUUUGCUUGCAAAUGUUGCUUCCUUAAGACGUGAACUAAGGAUAACAGAAUGGAGUUUGCAGAAUUUAGGAGAAGAAUUAUCCAGUGUUAGUCCAAGUGAAAAUUCCGAUUAUGCCUCUAAUCUCUCAAGCUCUCAAAGGCUCAUUCUUGAAGAUCUUUCUCAACCUAGCCAACUUGGACUUUUGAAUUAUUCACCCUAUAAGAAAGAUGGUAAAAUGUCCAGUAGCAGUACUGAUUUCCAAAAAAAGCCAAGAGAUAAGAUGUCUUUUUCAUGUACUUCCAUGGAACAGGAGAUAAAGAGUCUUCUCGAGAAACUUAAUAAACUGAGGCAACAGAAUGCUUGUUUGGUCUCACAGAACCAUUCUUUAAUGACUAAAGUAGAGUCUGCCCACUUUGAAUUAACACAAUCAAGAGUGAAAGUUUCUAUGCUUGAAUCUGCUCAACAACAGGCAGCCAAUGUGCUGAUCUUAGAAGAACAGAUUAAAAAUUUGGAAGCAGAAGUUUCAGCCCAACAUAAAGUUUUGAGAGAGGCAGAAGAUAAAUUAGAGCAGAGCCAGAAAAUGAUGACUGAAAAGGAACAGAGUCUGCAGAAGUCACAAGAGCAAUGUAUAAAGUUGAAAGUGGACUUACUUGAACAAAGUAAGCAAGGAAAGAGAGCUGAACGACAAAGGAAUGAAGCACUGUAUAAUGCUGAAGAGCUGAGUAAAGCUUUUCAACAUUAUAAAGAAAAAGUAGCUGAAAAACUGGAAAAGGUUCAAGCUGAAGAAGAGAUACUAGAGAAAAAUCUAAUUAACUGUGAAAAAGAAAAUAAAAGGCUACAGGAAAAGCAUGGUCUAUAUAAAAAUGAACUUGAGAUUCUGAAAGAGAAAUUAAGACAGUUAAAAGAAGAAAAUAACAAUGGAAAAGAAGAACUAAGGAUCAUGGCAGUGAAAAAUUCAGAAGUUAUGGCACAACUAACUGAAUCUAAACAAAGUAUUCUGAAGCUAGAGAGUGAGUUAGAGGACAAAGACAAAAUACUUAGAGAAAAAUUUUCUUUAAUGAAUGAAAAUCAAGACUUAAAGUUAAAAAGGGAAAUGUUUGGUUUUAAAUCAUCUCGUUCUAAGCACCAGAUGAGUAGUUUGUCAAACAAGGAAGACAAUUACAUUGGCUGCUGUGAGGCAAAUAAAAUGGUGAUUUCAGACUUGAGGAUUAUGCUUGCAAUAAAAGAAGCAGAAAUUCAAAAGCUUCAGGCAAACCUGACUGCAAAUCAGUUAUCUCAUAGUCUUAUUUUUUGCAAUGACAACCAAGAAAGUGGCAAAUUAAAUAUUUUAGAGACAGAACCUGUAAAACUAGGAGGUAAGCAAGUAGCAGGAAGUAUAAAAGGUCAAAAUCAACAUACUGUGAACAAACAAUAUGAAAAAGAAAGGCAAAAGCUUGCUUCUGGAAUAGAAGAACUACGGACAAAGUUGGUGCAAAUAGAAGCUGAGAAUUCUGAUUUGAAAGUUAAUAUGGCCCAAAGAACUAGUCAGUUUCAGCUGAUUCAAGAGGAGCUGCUAGAGAAAGCUUCAAACUCUCGCAAACUUGAAAGUGAAAUGACAAAGAAAUGUUCUCAGCUUUUAACUCUAGAGAAACAGCUGGAAGAAAAAAUAGUUGCUUAUUCCUCUAUUGCUGCAAAGAAUGCAGAACUAGAGCAAGAGCUUAUGGAAAGGAAUGAAAAGAUAAGAAGUCUAGAAACCAAUAUGAAUACAGAGCAUGAGAAAAUUUGUUUAGCUUUUGAAAAGGCAAAAAAAAUUCAUCUUGAACAGCAUAAAGAAAUGGAAAAGCAGAUUGAAAAACUUGAGUCACAACUAGAGAAAAAAGACCAACAAUUUAAAGAACAAGAAAAGACAAUGUCCAUCUUGCAGCAAGAUAUUAUAUGUAAACAACAUCAUCUUGAAUCAUUAGACAGACUCUUGAUGGAAAGCAAAGGGGAAAUGGAAAAGGAAAAUAUGAAGAAAGAUGAAGCUUUGAAAGCAUUACAGAACCAAGUAUCUGAAGAAACAAUCAAGGUCAGACAACUAGAUUCAGCAUUGGAAAUUUGCAAGAAAGAACUUGCCUUGCAUUUGAAUCAGUUGGAGGGAAAUAAGGAAAAGUUUGAAAAACAGCUAAAGAAGAAAUCCGAAGAGGUAUACUGUUUACAGAAAGAGCUGAAAAUGAAAAGUCACAGUCUUCAAGAGACUACCGAGCAAAAUAUUAUUCUACAGCAUACUCUUCAGCAACAGCAGCAAAUGUUACAACAAGAGACAAUUAGAAAUGGAGAGCUAGAAGACACUCAAACUAAACUUGAAAAACAGGUAUCAAAACUGGAACAAGAGCUUCAAAAACAAAGGGAAAGUUCAGCUGAAACAUUGAGAAAAAUGGAUGAGAAAUGUGAAGCAGCCACACAUGAAGCAGAUUUGAAGAGGCAAAAAGUCAUUGAGCUUACUGGUACUGCCAGGCAAGUAAAACUUGAGAUGGAUCAGUACAAAGAAGAGCUAUCUAAAAUGGAAAAAGAAAUAAUGCACCUAAAACGAGACGGAGAAAAUAAAGCAAUGCAUCUCUCUCAGUUAGACAUGGUCUUAGAACAGACAAAGACAGAACUUGAUAAGAAAACAAAUGCUGUGAAGGAGUUAGAAAAGUUACAGCACCACACUGACACUGAACUAACAGAAGCCUUGCAAAAACGGGAAGCAGUGGAGUCUGAACUACAAAACGCUCAUGGAGAAUUAAAAAGUACUUUAAGACAACUCCAGGAAUUGAGAGAUGUAUUACAGAAGGCUCAUUUAUCAUUAGAGGAAAAAUACAGUACUAUAAAGGAUCUCACAGCUGAACUUAGAGAAUGCAAGAUGGAGAUUGAAGACAAAAAGCAAGAACUCCUUGACAUGGAUCAGGCACUCAAAGAAAGAAAUUGGGAACUAAAGCAAAGAGCAGCUCAAGUUACACAUUUGGAUAUGACUAUUCGUGAACACAGAGGAGAAAUGGAACAGAAAAUAAUUAAAUUGGAGGGCUCUCUGGAGAAAUCAGAAUUGGAACUUAAAGAAGGCAGCAAACAGAUAGAAAUUUUGAAUGAAAAAUUGCAAAAUGCCAAAGAACAGCUUCGAGAAAAAGAGUUUAUAUCAUUACAAAAUGAACAGGAGAUAAGUCAACUGAAAAAAGAAACUGAACAAACACAACACAAGAUGAAAGAAAUGGAAAGUGUUAUGAAAAAGCAGGAACAGCACAUUGUGACUCAGUACAAAGAGGCCAUAGAUUUGGAGCAAGAAUUGAGGCUAACCCGGGAGCAGAUGCAGAAUUCUCAUAUGAAAUUGGUAGAGGCUCAUCGUCAAGAAGUCCAGGCACAAAGAGAAAUAGAAAAGUUGUCAAGUGAACUAGUGGAAAUAAAGCAACUAGCUAAAGAGAAAGAAGCUCGUGGGAACCAUUUAGCUGAAGAAUUAGGGGCUUCUCAAGUACGUGAAGCUCAUUUAGAAGCAAGAAUGCAAGCAGAAAUCAAGAAAUUGUCAGCAGAAGUAGAGUCUCUCAAAGAAGCUUAUCAUUUGGAGAUGAUUUCACAUCAAGAAUGGAAGAUUUCUGCUGAAUCACAAAAGACUUCAGUGCAGCAACUAAAUGAACAGUUAGAAAAGGCAAAACUGGAAUUAGAAGAGGCUCAGGAUACUGUCAGCAAUUUGCAUCAACAGGUCCAUGACAGGAAUGAAGUAAUAGAAGCUACAAAUGAAGCAUUACUUAUUAAAGAAUCAGAAUUAACCAGAUUACAAGCCAAAAUUUCUGGACAUGAAAGGGCAGAAAAUACCAAGUUUUCACCAGCCUCAUUUACAUCUCCAACAGAAAUUAUUCCUGAUGUUCAAGAUGGAAAAUGUGCUAAACAUUCUCACACAGUUUUUCUCAAGUGUAGAAAACUCUGUCGCUCUAUUAGUGCCAGUGACCUUAGUUUUAAAACUCAUGGUGAUGAAGAUCUUUCUGAAGAAUUACUACAGGACUUAAAAAAAAUUCAGUUAGAACAACCUUCAGCAUCAGAAGAAAGCCAAAAGGAUCUGACUUACUCCCAGUCAGAUUCAUUUAAACCUUUUACAUAUAACCCGGAUGACGAUAGUUCUGAGAAUAAUGACUUCAGUACUCUUAGUGAAAUGCUAAGAUACAUAAACAAAGAAGUGAGACUACUGAAAAAAUCUUCUGUGCAAACAGGGAGUGCUUUAACUCAGGGAGAAAAUUUGUGAUUUAAAGAUGUUGAUGUGAUGAAAAAUGGGAUUUUUGGUCCUGUGCAGUGUUUACUUAUUAUAUGUAUGUCAUGCUUCUGUUAUUUUACUGCUUUUGAAUAAAUUUUAUAUUUGUGUAUUUUUAAAGAAAGUUCUUCUAAAGCUUCUACUUUUUGUGAAAAUUAAUUCAGUUUAUUCAUUAUUUUUUAUUUAAAAUUCUGUGUUUUUUAUGUAAAAAUCAUUGUUACAAUACAUUGAGUAACUUAUACUUCAAUCGGACUAUCAUAUUUGCUUAUUUUUCUGGUAAGCAAUAUUUUUUUAUAAUAAGUAAUGUGAAUGUAGAAGUCAUUUUUCCACAGGCUCAUAAUUCACUAAUAAUGGCUGGCUUUUGUUGAUUGUUUACCAUUUAUCAGUCACUAUUCUAGGCACUUUGUCUGUGAAGUCAUUUAAUCCACAUAACAAUCUUGUGAAGUAGAUAUUAUUAUUAUUCCUGUUUUAAUGGAAUAGAAUGGAAUUUUUUAAUAUAAUGACACGUGUGUGUUUCAAAGAAAUUUAUUUGUUGUAAGUAUCAAGAGUUGGACUUUGGAUUAGUGACUCUGUUUAUACAUGGUUAACUUUAUGGUAGCAUAAACAUAAUGCAGCAAAAUUAAGAUGACAGAUUUAAACCUACAAGUUCAAAAUAGUAAGGAGUUUGGAAUUGAUGUCUUAGACUAAAGUUUUAAUUUGUUAAUAAAUAUAAAUAUAUCCUUAGAUAAUAAUAUGGACUCAGUCUUUUCUAAUAGUU